GUCAUCAGCAGUCGCCAAAAAGCAUGGCGAUACAGCAGCUGUCAAGAAAAGGAAGAUGCUAAUAUAUUCGCCGUGUUUCGUUAUUCAGAUGCCCCUUUUACGAUCCAACGUGUGUUUACAUUUUUCAUCUUGUAAUUUAGUCGAGCUUUUUACCAACUAGAAGAUAUUUAGCCCCUGACAACCCACAUAAAGACGAAAAUGCAGUCCGUGAAGGUCGGCUACCUGGCGUUAGCGUCCUCAAGAGCUCUGUGCUCAGGAGAGACCCCAGUGAUCCGCAUUCCUCGCUACUUGCAGAAGCAGGUAGAAAACGUGAAACAGACUCGAGGCAAAAACAAGAUCAACACCAUCAAAGCUGGCAAGCUUCUGAUCCAGAGCAGAAACCCAGUCAUGAAUCAGUCUGCGGGAUACAUACUUGGUAAGUUCGAGCAGCCCGUCCUCUGCUCCAAAGGAUGGAAACAUAACAGAUCAUUCGGGGACUAUUUCACCAUCAACAACAUCAAGACUGUCGCACCUUUUGUUGCUGAGUAUCAGAAGGAGGACACUGCUGAACAAAAGACAACAGGGACAUUUCAUAAAUUCCGCAUCUGCAAGGAGCUGGUGGAAGUUUUGGACAGAAUGAAUAUAACUCAUCCCACCACUGUACAGCAGCAGACCAUCCCCAAAGUAAUGAGAGGGCACAAUAUUCUCUGUGCUGCAGAGACAGGCAGCGGUAAAACACUGACCUACCUCCUGCCUCUUGUUCACAGACUGCAGGCUGAUAAAAAGUCAGAGAUGGAUGAUGAGAACCAGCGUAAGAUUAGCGCUGUGGUUCUUGUGCCUUCCAGAGAGCUAGCUGAGCAGGUAGCAGCUGUGUCCAGAGCUCUUUCUGCUCCUUUUGGCUUGCUGACCAGGACUGUGGGAGGGGGGCGAGGUGUAGGACACAUCAAGAUGGUCUUUAAGAAGGAUCAGCCCGACAUUUUGGUGGCUACGCCUGGCGCUCUGGUGAAAGCCCUGCGUAGACACUGCCUGGACCUGAGCGAGUUGAACUUCUUAGUUGUGGACGAGGCUGACACCAUGUUCGACCCCAGCUUUUCUGAGAUGCUGAAUGACAUCCUGCUCAGCACGAAUAUCGCUAAGGAUCCCACAGAAACACGAGGCCCGGGCCAUAAAGCUCAGCUGCUGGUGGUGGGGGCGACCUUCCCUGGUGGUGUUGGGGAAGUGAUCAGUCAGGUGACAGAUUUAGGCAGCAUGGUGGUUAUAAAGAGCAAGAUGCUGCAUUACCUCAUGCCUCAUGUGAAGCAGACUUUCCUGAGAGUAAAGGGUGCUGACAAGAUUCUGGAGCUCCACCAAGCUAUAAAGCUACUACAGCAGGAAAAAGAAGGAGGUUCUGUACUUGUGUUCUGCAACAAGUCCUCCACUGUCAACUGGCUAGGCUACUCACUGGAGGAGAUGGGAGUCCAGCACGCACGUCUGCAAGGGGAGAUGCCCGCUGUUGUGCGCUCAGGGACCUUCCGCUCCUUCCAGAAGGGCACAGUGGAGGUGCUGAUAUGCACAGAUAUUGCUUCACGAGGCCUGGACACAUCUCAAGUGCGCUUGGUGGUCAACUAUGAUUUCCCAGAAUCCCACACAGACUACAUCCACAGAGCAGGACGGGUGGGGAGAGCAGGAGGGGUGGAGGAUGGGGAGGUGCUCAGCUUUGUCACUCAUCUAUGGGAUGUAGAGCUGGUUAACACCAUUGAGACAGCUGCACGGAGGAGAACAAGUUUGCCGGGGAUGGAGUCAGAUAUUAAGGAGCCACAACCCAAAGUAACAGAAGCAGAGGAGUAGAAGAGUGUUUAAGUGAUAACAAGCUGAAAAUUAAUAAAUGUACAGGCAGAUGAAAAGAAACGGCAAGUCUUGUUCAGGCUGAAACCUGGAGUUCUGCUUAAAGAGCUUAGUCCUGAUACCUGCAAAGAUCUAACAUAAAUAGUUGUUUCUAAUUCAUGAAAAUUUGCACAACACAGUGUCUGCUUUUUGUCUUUUUUUCCCUAUAAUUUGAAAAAAAAAAUGUUAGAAUGUAUAACCCCUGAUGUAAAUAAUGUUUGUAUUUAUGAUGACUCAUGUCAGUGAAAUUGUCAUCACUGUAUUUUCAAUAAACAGAUGUUACUUUUGCUAAAA